AUGUUCUGGCGUUUUGGAGGCUACGCGAGCAUUUCGACUCUGGACUCGAUUCUGGAUAAGCCUGACGUAACUCUUGAGGAGUUGCUUGAUGAAUCGGAUCUUAUCCAAGAGUUAAAACAACACAAUACCAAGCUUAUCGAGUACUUAAGGGACGAAGCUGUCUUACGUAGAUUACUCGAAUAUGUCAUCGCGCCCCGACGGACAGAAGAGUCUUCAUCUUCUGACGGAUGGGAGAGCAGUGUCAGUAGCAAAGAGGGAGAAGAAGGGAUUCAGAACGGAUGGGCCCAGCUUUCCGAGACCGAGCAAAAGGCUGAGCGGGAAAGGGAAGAAAAGUCAAGAUUGAAGUAUGCCUAUGUCUCAUGCGAAGUACUUUCAAGUGAGACAUGGUCUUUGGCUGAGUCUUUAAUGGGGAAUUUAUCGCAUCUACGGAUGUUUUGGGAGUUUCUCGAGCGUCCUUCUCCCUUGGACCCUCUACAAGCUGGUUAUUUUACGAAAGUUAAUGAAACAUUGUUGGACAAGAAAACAGAGGAAAUGAUGGAGUUCUUUAAAGGCUUGCCCAACAUCGUUUCUAAGAUUUUGAAACAUGUUGAAUGUCCCAUGAUUAUGGAUUUGUUACUGAAGAUUAUCAGCAUGGAGAAAUGUGAAGGCGGUGCGGGUAUUGUUGAAUGGCUCCAUUCUCAAAAUUUAAUGCCUCAGCUUCUGAAGUUUCUUUCUCCGGAAUACUCGGCUGUAGCUCAGACAUCGAGCGGAGAUUUCAUCAAGGCUAUCAUCACAAUUUCAGCUAAUGCUUCUCAAAACGAACAAUCUUGUAUCGGCCCCAAUGAUCUUACCCGACAGCUUGUCUCCGAAGCAUGUGUUAAAGGCCUUAUCCGUGAUAUGCUCUGCGGGGGAAACCCGCUUACUGUUGGUGUUGGAAUCGUCAUCGAGGUCAUUCGUAAGAACAACUCCGACUAUGAUCCAGAGGUCGGAGGUAUCGACAACACUCCCUCAAGCAGAGACCCCAUCUAUUUGGGCACAUUACUGCGUCUUUUUGCUACACACGUUCCCGACUUUAUGAAUUUGAUAUUGACACAGACGAUGGUUGUAACGAACGAUGAUGGGACGAAAACAGAAAAAAAGAGGGAAUUAAAAGCUGCUUAUGGAGGAACAAUCGAACCAUUAGGCUUUGACAGAUUUAAAACUUGCGAGUUGAUGGCAGAGUUGUUGCACUGCAGUAACAUGGCUCUUUUAAAUGAACAGGGCGCCGAGCGGUAUGUAAGGGAAAGAGAUAGGGAGCGUGAUAGGAUAUGGGCCGAGAGAGAGAGGGAUAGGUUGGAGGCAGAGGGUCUUGCUGAUAUCAACGGAGUGGUUGAGGGCGUGGUAGUUGAGAAAGCUCCUUUGCAGGUACAAAAUGGUGGGGUAGAGGAUACAAUAAACGAGGAGGAUUUUGAGGAUGUGGCAGUUUCUCUUGACGAGACUGGGAAGGAGUCAGCUCAGACCAGCAUUGGCCAAGAUCCCUUCAGCGAUCCCGAGAAGGAUUCUAAACCUCAAAAGGCUUCUGAAGACGAAGAUCUUUUUGUUGAUGAACCACUUUCCCCCCCGACUACUCCAGCUGACACGACAAUCACCUCAACCUCUGAUAAUAGCAAACCUAUUCCGGCAGCAAUACUUGCAGAUGAGAUCCCCCGACUGGAUGUUACCCCGCCAACAACAGUUUUAGCAGUUGGGUCACCAGCCCCCUUUGGGACGACUGAGAAACCCAAAGAACUGGAAAAAAAGCUUAAAGGAGUUGAUUCUCCUCUCCCACCUCUGCCAGAGAAUGGAAAGGAUUCAAUUGAGAAGGGUCAAACAGGGAUUGAACGGAAUGAGGGCGGUUUACUAAACACCGAAGUCCCCAAAGCACCAUCACCCCCUCCAGUGGAGGAAGAUGAUGAUAGUCUUCUCAAAGGUGGCAGGUCUUUGGUAGCCGAUAUGAAAGCUGCGUCUGUCACAUCGCCAUCAACCCCUCAACCCGGCACAAUAACCCAGGAGCGGAUGGAUGCCGAGCUUCCUCCACUCCCUCAGGAAGCUCUCGAUCAACAAAACCAACCACAAUACCCCGAAGAGGAUCUUAUGGACCUCGGAGGCUCAUCCGACACAACCGUCUCGGAUGAAGGGAAUGCUACUUUCAGAUCUCUGGGAAACUCGAGUUUCGAGGAAUAUGAGCCAAUGAUUGAAAAGGAUUCGGAUGGAAACCCUGUUGUAGGUGAUUUCUUGAAAAUGAUGUUUGUUGAGAAUUCGGUUGUUCCCACCAUCUUGGAUUUCUUUUUCCGUUUCCCUUGGAAUAAUUUCUUGCACAAUGUUGUAUAUGACGUUGUUCAACAGGUCUUUAAUGGCCCAAUGGACAGAGGAUACAAUCGCGCCCUUGCCAUAGAUCUCUUUGUCACAGGCCGCAUCACAGAGCGAAUAGUUGAUGGUCAAAAGGAGUCUGAUAGAGUACAAGCUGAACGGAAUAUGAGGCUCGGUUAUAUGGGACAUUUGACACUUAUCGCCGAAGAGGUAGUCAAGUUUGCCGAGCGCCACCCUCCAGAAAUUUUGGGCCAUAAAGUCCUCGAAAAAGUCUCUGAUUCUAUCUGGGUGGAAUAUGUUGAGGACACCCUAGCAGCUACAAGAGAAAGAGAUAAUGCCAUCCUAGGAGGUGUGAGGCCAGAUAUGAAUGUGGGACCGCGACAAGCUGUUCUGAACGCCGUUCAGGCCCAAGCAUUUAAUGCUAAUGCUACGAAUGCCGGAUCAUUGACUCUUAGUGGCAGCAUAGCAGCUGAGUUAGAUAGUAUCGAUUUACAAAACGGCAGUAAUAACAACAGCAACAAUACAUCUACUGUUGUGGGCAGUGGAACCGGUAGCGGGAGUGCAGGUGGGCUUUUGAGUGGGUUCGGAAGCUCAAGCGAUGAGGAAGACGAGGACUUGGAACAUGAUGAAGACGAUGAAGAGGUUACGAGACUAGGGUUGAGUGGAAGUAGUGAUCAAUUUGCCACAUACAUAUCCCAAGAGAUAAGUAACGUCGACAAGUUCGGAUCCUCUGACGAAGAGGAUGAUGAUGAAAUUUCAUUCUCAACCGCCCCCAGCGAGCCUCCGCCGCCACCGCCAUUGCCUUUGAACAUAACUAGAAACUCCACAACUACACCAACUACACAUUCUACGGCGAGGCAGAACGCUGAUGUUGAGGGAGAUAGCAGUGGUGGGUUCGAGGAGAUUGAGGAGGUUGACGUUUUUGCUGAGGAUGUCGAUAGUUCUGAUGAGGACGAUGAUCUCAGCUCUGGAUUAGGAAGACAGAAACCGAGCCCAACCCACGAAGCAGAAAAACGUGUAAUGCUGGAGGAAGAGGAUACAGAUGUGGAUUUCAUAAGUGCAGGUAUCAAAGGACUUGAUGUGAAAAAGAGUACGCCUGCAAGCGACGAAAAAACCGCUUCAGCCCCAGCGGAAGUUGGAACAGAAACUGCCAUCGAGGGUGGUAAAUAG